AUGCAGGGCACACGGUCAUUAGAGCCAUGGGACAGUGAUAAGCUCGCUUUUCUGCACCGACCUUUCCUGUCGGCUCGGCGGCGGCUGCGUUUGCAGUGCGCUCUGAACGAAACCGUACGUGUUCAGGUUCCUCGCGGAAACGGCACACUUGGUGUUACAACUCAUAGCGCUAAGUUUGCGCUGCAGACGGCUACUGGACCGGUCGAGAUCAGUCCAGGGUCUAGAGGUCGAGACGGUUUUCCGGUCUGGGGGUUCAGUGCUGCAGUUGUCGCUGCAGGACUCGCUUCGACCUGGCUCUAUCGCUACGUUGGCGAACGCUAUAGCUUUCCGCUGCUCACAGGCACCCUGCAGGAACUUCCUGCAGCGGGCGAUCGUCUUCUGCGUCUGGUCGAGCGCUUGAUAGCUGCCGAGCAUGAACUCUCUUUCGAUGAAGCAGCGGAUGCGAUGCACUGCAUGCUGGAAACGGUUGGUGAACAUCCAGCUCGCGUCGCUGCGUUUCUGGUGCUACUACGACGAAAUGGUGCUGAAACUGGCCAAGUACUCGCCGGUAUGGCGGCAGCGCUUCUGGAAAGAGCGGUCCUCGUGUCGACGGGCGAUCUAGCCACUUUGGACAUCGUCGGCACCGGUGGUGACGGGUCCAAUACUGUGAAUAUAUCGACUGCAGCAGCGAUCGUUGCGGCUGCUUGCGGAGCACGUGUUGCCAAGCACGGUAAUCGCUCUGCCUCUUCAAAAUGCGGUUCAGCUGACGUACUCGAAGCGCUUGGCGUUGCAAUCGAUCUGGGACCUGAGCAAGUUGCUCGCUGCAUCGCCGAGACUGGUAUUAGCUUUCUGAUGGCGCCGCGUUUUCAUCCACAGUUGGCAACAGUGGCACCACUACGGCGAUCGCUGCGAGUGCGCACAGUUUUCAACAACCUAGGGCCACUGCUAAACCCGGCCCGAAGCCGCUAUCAAGUCAUUGGGGUUGCAGCACCGGAGCUCAUGGAGCCCAUGGCUGAGGCUGUGGCUCGCCUCGGAACCGAGCGCUCCUGGAUUGUGCACUGUGCAGGUCUGGAUGAAAUGGCGCCGAUCGGUGCGACAGAGGUCAUCGAAGUACGAAAAGACGUGCCUCCAUGCCGGUUCCGAGUCGAGCCCGAAACACUAGGCAUGCCUCUGUGUACCGUAGAGGAUCUCGUUGGUGACGAUUGUGCAGCCAAUGCGGCGACGAUCACGAGUAUUUUGCAAGGCGCACCAGGCCCCAUUAGCAAUGCGAUCAUUAUGAAUGCCGGAGCAGGGCUUGUCGUGUACGGUCUCGCGGAGACGCUACAGGAUGCCUGUGACAUGGCAGCGAACGCGCUGAUGAGUGGCGCGGCGUGGGAGACACUGGAAAAGUGGAAGUCCUUGAGCCGGCAGCUUCAAUAA